CCCUGUGCAUUGUGGUCCGGCGGCGGGGGGCGAACAUGGCCGAGAAGCAGAAGCACGAUGGGCGGGUGAAGAUCGGCCACUACGUGCUGGGGGACACGCUGGGGGUCGGCACCUUCGGCAAAGUCAAGAUUGGUGAACACCAGCUGACAGGGCACAAAGUAGCAGUAAAAAUACUGAACAGACAGAAAAUCCGCAGCCUGGAUGUGGUUGGGAAGAUCAAACGAGAAAUUCAAAACCUUAAACUCUUCCGGCACCCUCACAUUAUCAAACUGUACCAGGUUAUCAGCACACCAACAGACUUCUUCAUGGUCAUGGAAUAUGUAUCUGGUGGGGAAUUAUUUGAUUACAUCUGUAAGCACGGACGUGUUGAAGAGGCAGAAGCUCGACGCCUUUUCCAGCAGAUUCUCUCGGCGGUGGAUUACUGCCACAGACACAUGGUUGUCCACCGAGACCUGAAACCAGAGAACGUGCUGCUGGACGCACACAUGAAUGCAAAGAUAGCUGAUUUUGGAUUGUCCAACAUGAUGUCAGAUGGCGAAUUUCUACGCACCAGCUGUGGUUCCCCAAAUUAUGCAGCCCCUGAAGUAAUCUCUGGCAGGCUGUAUGCUGGCCCAGAGGUGGACAUCUGGAGCUGUGGUGUUAUCCUCUAUGCCCUUCUCUGUGGCACUCUGCCUUUCGAUGACGAGCACGUCCCCACCCUCUUCAAGAAGAUCCGGGGAGGUGUGUUUUACAUCCCUGAAUACCUCAACCGCUCCGUUGCCACUCUCCUCAUGCACAUGCUGCAGGUUGACCCCCUCAAGCGAGCAACUAUCAAGGACAUCAGGGAACAUGAGUGGUUUAAGGAGGAGCUGCCCAGUUACCUGUUCCCAGAGGACCCUUCUUACGAUGCCACCGUCAUCGAUGACGACGCGGUUCGGGAAGUGUGUGAGAAGUUUGAGUGCACGGAGUCGGAGGUGAUGAACAGCCUGUACAGCGGUGACCCUCAGGACCAGUUGGCAGUGGCUUAUCACCUCGUCAUUGACAACAGGAGGAUCAUGAACCAGGCCAGCGAGUUCUACCUUGCCUCCAGUCCCCCCACUGGCUCCUUCAUGGACGACAGUGCCAUGCACAUCCCUCCUGGGGUGAAGCCACACCCCGAGCGGAUGCCGCCAUUGAUAGCAGACAGCCCCAAGGCACGGUGUCCUCUUGAUGCCCUCAACACCACGAAACCAAAACCCCUGACUGUCAAAAAGGCCAAGUGGCACCUGGGAAUCCGCAGCCAGAGCAAACCCUAUGACAUUAUGGCUGAGGUGUACCGGGCUAUGAAACAGCUGGACUUCGAAUGGAAGGUGGUGAACGCCUACCACCUGAGGGUGCGCCGCAAGAACCCGGUGACGGGCAAUUACGUGAAGAUGAGCCUGCAGCUCUACCAGGUGGACAACCGCAGCUAUCUCCUGGACUUCAAAAGCAUCGAUGAUGAAGUGAUGGAGCAGAGGUCAGGCUCUUCCACACCACAGCGCUCCUGCUCUGCCGCCGGCUUGCACCGUCCAAGGCUGAGCAUCGACGCCGCUGCAUCCACCGAGUGCCAGUCCCUGAUGGGCUCUCUGAGUGGCUCCUUCGUUGGCAGCAUCCCCUCGGUGACCCCACGCCUGGGCAGCCACACCAUGGACUUCUUCGAGAUGUGUGCCAGCCUGAUCAUGGCCCUGGCUCGCUGAUGGGUGCUGGCGACGCACCGGUCCCUCCGCACACGGUAUUGCACUGUGAGGAUCUGGUCUGACUUGUCUGUCCCUUGUUUCUUUUGCUUCGUUGUUCCUCCUCCGCCCCCUCACCACUCCACAGCCUGUGGUAUGGAACCAGGCCCAGACCCAAAACAUGCUCCCCUCUAACAAGGCACUGAGGAAAUUAAGAUAACUUCAUUUCACUCCUUAUGCUUGGUGAAAUGUAUCCAAUACCCCUUUUUUAUCCCUAGUGAACCCAAUGGGAAAUGUUGGCGUGGCUUUACAGUAGCAAAUGUAUCACUGAGUUUUUGGAAGAUGCCUCCCCCCUGGUUCAUCCUGAGUUAGUGGAGCCAUGGCCAUGCUUCCUGCAAUGUAGACCAUGUUCAGGGAGGUCAGAGUUUCCAUGUUGCUGUGUAGAGCAGGAGCAUGAUGGGCUGGGCCAGGUCAGAGGGAUCGACCAGGAGUUACCUGAAAUGGAUCUGAGGGAUAAUGAAGUAGCUCUGCAGGUUCAUACCAGGGUGUAGCCUCUGGUAACACUUUUCUCCCAAAAGUAGCAGCUACUUAGAUGUUUCUGCACUAGUGCAAUAUGGCCUUCCCCUCUUUUUUCCCCCCUGCCUUCUAAAGAUGGGGAGGGAAAGUGGGAUGUGCAAAGGUCCUGUUGCAAAUGUGCCAUGGGGAAGUCUCCAUGUGUCAAGUCUUUGCAGAGGAGAGUCCCUAAGGUGCUUUGUUUCCUCUGAGAGCUCCGGGCAGCACUGACCUGCUCACCACGUUCGGAGCUGAAGGCAGCUUGCCUUUUUUCCAGCUCUUAAUCUCCAUCCCUAUCCAACCUCCUCAGUCCCCCCUGCUGCACCACCAUCUCCAGGGGCUGAAUCCCAAGCAGGGUUCAGGUGAGCCACCAAUGGAGGGCAGGAUGCCAAUCACUCACCCAAAAACCCAGUGCUUUGCCCACACUUCGCCCGAGGGUGGGAUUGUCACUGCUGGGCAAGAGCCGGCAGCAUCGCAUGGCUCCAAAGCAUUUACCUCUCACCUUUCUGUAGGAAGCCUCUGCCUGCUGUCACCACCCUAAAAUCACUGCCAAAUCUGCUUUCCUGCCCUCCCCUGCUCACCUCUUCAUGCUGCCAGAGACUUGCUUUUCAUGCCGAAGGGCUCUCCUGUCCUGCUGCUGCCCACUGGACUGCGACCUUCACCACUCUGCUGAUAAGGCAGGAACAGCCAAAUCCAGAGUUUUACUGUUUCUUUACUACUGGCUAUCUGAAGGAUAGGAUUUUUUUUUUUUUUUAAGACAAACUACUGGGAUUUUUGAGGUUAAAUUCUUGUUAUUCAAGGGUAAACCCUAAAGCAUGUGUGACUUCUUUGUUUAAAAGAAUUAUUUUUUAUUACACAGGCUUAAUCUAAUGGGCAGCAUUGGCAUCUGCUUGGCUUUGCCGUGGUAUUUAAUUCCAUUUACUUGAUUGCAAAGUAAUUGUCUAAUCAGUCAAGGAACAAAUGCUUUAUGAAAACUUUGCCAAAAAAAAUCCUGGGUGGAGGGUUUGGUUUUGAUGUUUGUUUGAGGGGUUUUUUAUGUUCUGUUUUAAGAAACAAAGCAAGGAACUUUUCCUGGUCCCAGGUAUACAGUCAUUCAACUUGAAAAAAAAAUUAAUCCAUCUUUUUGAUAGCUUCUUAUGACCCGUUGAGGUUUUUUUCUAGGUUUUUUUGUACAGUUGCACUUUAAUUUAUACUUUCUGCAAGUUUCUAUGAGAAGCAAGGAAGAGAACAACACAUUAAGCCUUUUUUACUAAUCAUUUAAGGUAAUCAAGACAAAUAUGGGAUAUUUUUGCCAUCUACUGGCAGUUAAAUGGACAUUUUCAGCUUGAAGUCCCUUUUUUUUUUAAAAAAAACACAAAAUUGCCUUACUUUUGUUACAGAUUGUGCUUGGAUUCUCACUAACGUGACUUAAAGCUCCAGUUUUUCCAGAAGUCACAUAAAAUAGAAAGCUUCCAAAAAAAAAAUCGGUUUUGCUGUUGAGGUCUUGAACAUUAAAUCCAACCCAGCAGUGGGUGGAUUAUAAACCCACAGCAGAACAGUUUUGUUUUUAAAAGAAAUGUUGGAAAUAUUUGUAGUUCUCCUAGGUUUUGUAAUGAGCCUUUUAGUAUAUUAUGAUUAUUAAAUAAAUACUCAGGGGUGGAGGAUGGCUUUGGUGCUGUGUCUGGUGGCUGUCAGAUGAUGUUUCUCCAGUGCUGUGGUGUGAGCAGGUCAUACCUGGCAAGGAUGGACAAUCCAGACUCUGCACGCAAAAAAAAAUACCCACCCCAGAGCCAAAGCUGAGCAGCACCCAGCCCUUUAACAGCUUUUGGAUCACAGAAUAUUCUGAGUUGGAAGUGACCCACAAGGAUCAAUGCUGAGACAAGAGCAAACAGCCCUAAAUGAUUUUGGGUGCUGGAGAUAAGCCCCUUUGGAAAGGAGCAGGAGAGGGCAGCUGAGCGGCCGUAGGGACAGACAUUCAUUUCCAUCUGGGAAACAGUUAUGAGUAAAAUGUAUUUGGAAUGUAAAAGGCUUUUUAAAUCUUCACUCCCAACUGAGCAUCUUGCCAAAUUACUUGUCCUGGAAACACUUGUAGCUCCCUUGAUAAGAGGCUGGUGCGUUAAAAUCUGGAGUUCAGAAGCAGGUAGAUGUACAGAUGUCUUUUUUUUAAAUUGACUCUUGUCCUCUGGGAUUUUUUACCCAGCAGAACUAAUAGUAUUAAACAGCAUCAAAUGCCCUUGGGAGGAAAUAUGUGCUUCCUGGAGGCAGGUGGGAUUUCUAGGUGGCAGAAUUAGCCCUUGUGGCACUUGGCAUCUUCUCAGAGCCAUGCAAACAUUAACUCCUAUGUGGAUCUGCAAAACCAGUCCUGCCUGGAAGGCAGGAGGAGUUACUCAUUUUUACAUAUGGAGAGACAUAAAGAGAUGAAGCAGCUUUCCUGCUCAGUUCAUCAGAGGCAGUGGAGUGAGUAGGACUGGUGGAAGUACCUCCUCAAAGAACACAUCGGAUUGAACUGUCCAUUACAGCCUUACCCAAAUCCGUGCUGCACUUUGAAAAACUCCUGAGAACUUUCACUUUUUUUUUUAUUAUUUAUUUUACCUUCAAAUAA